UUCGUCUUUCUGAUACCCUCUCGACAUUCAAGUUGCUAUUGAACUUCUACGACGUGUCCCGUCCGCUGACGACUCUUUGCCAACUCAGGGAUGCUUGAAGCUUACUAUUAUCUCGGAGAAAGCUCGCACCUGCAUCGGAAAUCCGGCAUCUGCCUGCGGACGCGGACCACUAUAGAGGUAUCGUUCGAGGACGACUGUCAAGCACCCUCUCUGCAUGCCCGAGAUGCAAACCAACUCAGUCAACACUGGUUUCCCCGUGCUAUGGUCAUUUGCCUGUCACUUCACGCCCUCUUCGCUGAUGAUCUAGUUUUGACACCACUCACUAGCAAAGAUGCCAACAACAUCAUAGCAGACCAUAUUGAAAGUGCCGAUGUAGGCUGACACACUCCAACCACGGCUGAUCCUGACAAGCCCAGUUGUGGAAACAGCUCGGAUACGAGGCAUCUCUCGAGUCGCCAAAAGAUGACAACGACAGUCUAGAUUUGGAGCUGCGCGUAUGGCGAGUCCUGUUCGCCGCAAAUGUUGCUGAUGUAGCUCAGUCCCAGAAGCAUAAUGGCUCUGCCACAUUCUGCCCUACCGACGUCUCACCUUGCCAUCUGCGAGCUAUCCAGCUACACCUGCGCUUUAUGGGCUCUUCUGGUACGGGAGAAAAGCUUGGGGUGGGACUUGACGGCUGCAGAUCUGGGAAUGAGCCUGAAGGCAAAGAACAUGUGCACCAUAACCUUUUCUCUUGCUGAGUGCAGGUGCACAACUAACAAAACUGUCAGUCCCAGUAUGCGCGUCCCCAAGCUUGCGAUUCUGAGGUGGUGGGUUCAAACUUUCUGAGAUGCCAAAACGAGAAGUCUGGGGAAAUAACUCCAUUGGACGGAACAAUCCUCGUUGCGUUGUUGGAUGCCGGCUUUCGAACCAGCAUCUGUUCCAAGCCAAUCCGGAUGGCUCCAGGCGUCAAAAGUCUGUCCGAACAGGACAUGCUUCGAUUAUGUGAGAUUGUCCCAAACAGCUUUGCCCCUGACUACAUUCACAGAUUUGAAGAACAAGCAAAAUACAUUCCAGGCAUAUCUGGAUUCCUUGCUUCUUUUCUUCGGAACGCGACCAGUAAGGGGGAGGAGCCUCCCCUGGGCGUGAAGGGAACGUCACUUGCUAAUGCCUUGGAGGUUGAGGCGGCCGACAAUUCUGCAUCUGUGAUAGACAGAGAUCUUUGGAUGACCGUCGCCGGAGGUGUUCAUAAUUACGAACAUUCUCGGAGACUGCGGCCAUUGUGGUCGUCCAAACCCGCCGCGGAUUCCCACAAGGUACUCGAUGACCGGGAUCCAGUACGGCGCAGCGCCGCCUCCGUCGGUGGUGACCUACUGCCCGAGAUAGCAGACCUCGAUUUGCACAAGGACUCAGGUACUGGGACCAUCGAGGAAGACGAUCUCUUUGGCUUCGCCGCGGCAUAUGCCUCUCAAGCUGAACCAUAUGAACACGCUGAACAAACCACCGGGUUUGGAAAUGCUGAAAGCCAUAGUGAAAUACUCUCGGACUUUCCCGAUGCUGGUGCGACAUCUAGGCAAAUGCUGUCGAAUACGCACGAGUUCUCCCGCGACCUCAAACAUUCAGUCGCGAUAGACGUCCAAAAUAGAAGCCGGAUGAGGAGCGCGUCGCACACGAGUGAUGUGUCGAUGCUGACCACCCAUGGAGAACCUAUAAAAGAGGCUGCAGUAAUCGACCAGUCUCCUGUUAUUGGUAGCCUUAGUUGGCUUACUCAGGAUCUUAUCCGCGUGCAUCCGCUGAGAAAGCAUGAGGAAGAGAAGUAUUUGGCAGACCGAAGCGACCUGCAAGCAAGUGGCCAGCACGUCUCUGGAAGAGACGAACCGUGUUGGUUUUCUGAGAAUCUGCUAGAUGAAAGCAUCUUCCAGCCCGACGAGCUUGGGCUACAACACACUGCCGUUAGACGAGACGCUGCUUUCUCUUCUUCAUCUGAGGGUGACAGACACCUCCUUACUGACUCACCUGACACUCCAUACAGUUCCGGUGAGCAUAGAGAGCACCAGAGGCUGCAUAUACUUAUACCAGCAGAGCAAGACAACUCAUCUUCGAACACUUCAAUAAUUGACCUGCCGGAAGACGAGCAUUUGUUGUUGCAUAUGGAAACGAGGCCAUGCAAAGUAGAACCAGGUGGUGCAAAAGAUAGUCAUGAACUGAAACCCUAUGAGGUCGACCACGACAUGAAGUUUUUGGCGAGCGCCUGGGGCAUGGAUCCCAUCGACUCCAGUCCCGUCAGCGACGACCACCAGAUCCUCCAAGAGAUGCCAGACGACCCCUUGCCGCGGGAACAGACCAUGUCUCCACCGAUGUCGAAAUCAGGGAAACGAUUGAAUUUCUCGCUAGGUCGGUCUUCCUCGUCCUCCUCAAGUAUCGGACGGUCUGUCUCAGAUGCAAGAAUUCAACGUCGACCCAGUCUGCUAAAACGAUUCUCCUGGGGUGGUCGCGGACACGCUGGUGAGGGGGGAGACUUCGACAUGACUACAUUGGAUGGCCGUACUAUGGAGGUGAAGAGAAGAAAGACCUUGGAUGACUACGAGAUGACUGAGACCGAUGUGAGAGACGAUGAGUCGAGUGAUAUGCUUUUUUGAGCUACUGCAGUAAUGUUGGCACAAGGGAUGGCUUUGGGCGAUGCAUAGCCAGUUGUGACAGAGCGUGGAUCCCCCGCAGUCUACAGCACUGCAUCUUGUAGGAGUAAUAAAUAGCAAUUCUGCUUUCGAAACCGAAAAGUCCUCAAAUGACGUUUGCAGUGCAGUGCGAGAGAACAUCAGUUGGAUCUUCGCCGA